CGUCAACUCUACAAAUUUUUCAGAACCACAAUGUUGGUUUUACGUCACAAUCAAAACCCGAUUUACCCAAAUACAAGAACGCCAAAUCCGGCAUAGCAAUCAAAUGGAUACCGGACCAGCAGAUGAGAACCAAUCUUUACCAGUAGAUGAUUUAAGGCAACUACUCAAAUCACGCGCCUUAUUCAAGGAACGAUCUCACCAAACCUCAAACGACGUCCAUGUCCCCACUCUUCAAUCCCAUCCAGCAGAGCCUGCAGUGGUGCUGCUUGGCGAUUCGCUCAUCGAACAGAUGAAGGUCACUGGCAACAGUCCUGACUUUCAGCCCUGGCCAUCAAAAACUAUGCUAAGCGAAUCCGCACUCGAUCAUCUCAAACAAACAAAGCUGCCAGAGCUGUCUCGAUUGGAUAGUGUCUUCAACGCAGGCGUUGGCGGCGAUAGAUACCAAAACAUGCUCUACAGACUUGUCGGCGAGUCUAAUGAGCAGCGAAAAGUCACUGGGCUUUUGGAUAUCUUGGUCCACCGCAAUAUAAAGCUCUGGGUGGUUCACGGCGGGACGAAUAAUCUGCAUCGCAAACGAGGGCUCCGAGCUGCGGACGUGGAUUGUCUCCACGUGCUGCUUCAGGCGCUGCUGCGAACAUCAGACCAAUCAACUCGAGUCAUCCUAACAGGACUAUUCUUCAGAAAGGAUAUAUCAGAUCACUUAAUUAACGAGGCAAAUGCGACACUCGAGUCCCUCUCUAUUGCAAUAAACAACAACCUAGGGAUUCAACGAGUUAUCUUUCUGCCUGCAACCACAGCGGUUCAGAAAGGUCAUUUAGUCGAUCAUGUUCACCUCAGCGAGGAAGGGUAUCGGUUGUGGGCGGAGACUCUGUUCCCUACAAUGGCAGAAGUCCUGAUUGGUCUGGAUAUUAUCGUGCCCACGGUCACACUCGGUGUUAUUGCCACCAUCGCGGUCGUCCUGCUAUUCUGUUCUAGAAAGCUCAAGGGUGCUCAUUGGGGAGCGGAUGACUACCUGGCCGCUAUCACCUUAAUUGUUUAUUAUGGCCUCAUCAUUAUCACCAUUAUGGCUGUCCGCUACAGUGGUCUUGGGAAGGAUAUCAGCAUUGUCAAGACUGAGCACAAUGACAAGCUUGGGCAUCUGAUGAAGAUUCUUUUCGCCUUUUGCAUCAGUUAUGGAUUUGCCUCCGCCUUGAUCAAAUUGGCAGUCCUGGUCUUCUACUGGCGGCUCUUCCCAACCUGGAUGGUGAGAACUGAGACGUAUGUGCUGGGAUCAAUGUGUGUGGGCUGGUUUAUCGCCUUCGAGACCGUCUCGGUAUUUCAAUGCAAGCCAGUCGCUUUGGCCUGGGAUUUUACGCUGGAGGGUACGUGUAUCAACAAGGCUCUCUUCUUCCUCAGGAACUCGAUACCCAACUUCGUCAUGGACCUCGCCAUUGUCAUCCUCCCCAUCCGCGAACUCUUGCUCCUGAGGAUUUUAAGGUGGAAAAAAGCUGGCUUUGCCGGACUAUUUCUUCUCGGUGGAUCGUGAAU